CUUUGCUGUUAGAAUCAGUAAGCGAAAGGCAGCAGAUCCAGGCUACUGAAGAUGAACCAAGUUAAGUAUUUCAUGAAGGUGGUUAUAGGUUUGCUUUGGGGUUGCUUUGUGGUGCAAGGUUUAGGAGAAAAUCAUGUCCACUCCAGUUUCAUCUAUAGGAGACUGCGGAAUCACGAAAGGAGAGAAAUUCAGAGAGAAAUACUCUCUAUUUUGGGGUUACCCCACAGACCUAGACCAUUCUCACCCGGAAAGCAGGCUUCUUCUGCACCACUUUUCAUGCUGGACCUGUACAAUGCCAUGGCAAAUGAAGAAGAACAUGAGAUGCUGGAAUACACAAUGACAGGAGGAAUGCUGGAGAGCAGAGGGCUGAGGAAGGGUUACCCUGCAUUUGCCAACGGGUAUUCCAGGAAAGCCCAGUCUUACCGUGCAGCUCAGAGGACCACACAGAGCCCCCCUUUGGCCAGUCUCCAUGAUACCAACUUUCUCAAUGAUGCUGACAUGGUGAUGAGUUUCGUUAACUUAGUUGAAAGAGACAAGGAUUUUUCACACCUUCGAAGGCACUACAAGGAAUUUCGAUUUGACCUAACGCAAAUCCCACAUGGAGAAGCAGUGACAGCAGCAGAGUUUCGAAUUUACAAGGAUCGAAGCAACAGUCGUUUUGGAAAUGAAACUCUAAAAAUUAGCAUUUACCAGAUCAUCAAAGAAUAUUCUGUUAGGGAUGCAGAUCUCUUUUUGCUAGAUACACAGAGAGUUCAAGCUUAUGAUGUUGGCUGGCUUGUAUUUGAUAUCACAGUGACCAGUAAUCACUGGGUGAUAAAUCCACAGAACAAUUUGGGAUUACAACUUUGUGUUGAAACAGAUGACGGUAGAAGUGUCAAUGUGAAAUCAGUUGGCCUAAUUGGAAGACAAGGACCCCAAUCAAAACAACCUUUUCUGGUAGCAUUCUUUAAAGCAAGUGAAGUACUUCUUCGUUCAGUUAGAGCAGCAAACACAAAGCGAAAAAAACAAGAUCGCAACAAGUCAGUUAGUCAACAGGAUUCUUCCAGAGUUCCUAGUAUUGGAGAUUAUAACACAAGUGAACAGAAACAAGCAUGUAAAAAGCAUGAACUUUAUGUGAGUUUUCGUGACCUUGGUUGGCAGGAUUGGAUAAUAGCUCCAGAAGGUUAUGCAGCGUUCUACUGUGAUGGAGAAUGUUCAUUUCCACUUAAUGCUCAUAUGAAUGCUACAAAUCAUGCUAUAGUGCAAACUCUAGUCCAUUUGAUGUUUCCAGAGCAUGUCCCCAAGCCAUGUUGUGCACCAACUAAACUGAAUGCUAUAUCUGUAUUAUAUUUUGAUGACAGCUCAAAUGUUAUUUUGAAAAAAUAUAGGAAUAUGGUUGUUAGGUCAUGUGGAUGUCAUUAAGUAAAAUAAAAAAAUACCUAUAAAAAAACCAUAAAAUAUUGCAAUAAUGACAAAAGACUUUCCAAAAAAACUUGUCAUACAGCUCGAUAUACAUUAAUAUGUACAGUUAUGUAUAUAAUAGACAUUUGUAAUUUAUUUUGAUAUAUAACUAGAUUUAUUUAGUGCAUUAUAGAUAUAGGAUAUUUCAUGUUAUGGACUAUACUAAGCCUACUGUCAGUCUGCCAGGAAACAAUCUCUGUUUAUGUCAAUGUUUUUUUAUUAUAACAUAAAUGCUAUAUUUCAUUUCUUUUCUUUUAAAAAAGUCAGGAUAACCUUAUUGUUGUUUAAUGUUAUUAAAGGGAAUUUAACAUAGUUACAUUUAUGAGGGGAAAAUCAACAUGUUUUAUUUAUUAAAAUACACUAAAGUUUCAAAGGAAUUAUUAAAAAAAAAAAAGUAAAAAAAAAUAGUAAAAUUUCAUUGUGAAUUUUUGUUCCAUUACAAAAUGACAUUAUUUAUCUGUAAUUGACUGGGUAAUUUUUAAGAAUUAUAUUAACAUUUUUUUAAUUAAAAAAGCAAGAUUAAUAGUCAUGUACAAGCUUAAUUUAACGGGGUCAAAGUGAAUUGAAUGAUCAUCAGCUGAUUUUAAUAAAGUUUCAUCCAAAGCUUAGAACAUUCUUCUACAACCUUCUUACCUCAAAUAAACAUUGUGUCUACAUAAGAGCA